GUCAGCGUGCGCUGAUAAUGUAGGAUUACUGUUGUGCCAGUCACGCGGGAUGAGACAAAAUCGCCGUUCCAUGCUUAUAAGAAUAGUCGUAUUAUUUCAGCCGCAGCACGGAGGACAUCAGGUUGGACUGACGGUGUCAAGGAGCACACCAUCGAUCGUCGUCCUUGCAUCACUCAGCAGGAACAUGCAUUCCUCCCUCGCCCAACGGCUCCACAUCGCUCAGGAUGAACCAUGCCUACUUACCGACUUCGCACAUGCGGUGCAUAACUCCUCUGCCUCUAUCCGCGCUAGCCCAGUAGUUGCACUGGAGAGCUUCCACCUCUGUGACCAGACAACUCCGCUCUUCACGCCUCGCAUAUCUGGGAAGAUAACGCAUCAAUUUCUGAUGAUCAGUGUCGACUUCCGCACUUACCCUCCAGAGCAUCAUCCAUGGACGUACUUGCGCAUCGACUUCGAUGAGGAUCCCUUCCCAAACGGAAGCCAACUCGUGGCUCUUUCGGACGACCACGACGACCUGCGCGGAUACUCCAAAGGGCUCGGCCGCAUUGCAGCGCCAGACCAGCCUGUCGAGAACGGACCAUCCUUGGACGAUAUCGUGUCUUUGUUGGAGGCCGUACAUGGACAUACCUUCGGUGGAUACACCUGCUUCUCGCGGAUGUGGCUUACGGAGAGCAUCCUCUUGUCUGCCGCUCUGAAGCAUGCACAACACUGGAGUGCUGGCUACGUCCGGCCGAAGGCAUUACGGAGAUACGCCGAGCUGGAGAGUGACGUCGCCACUUGUACCACGGGGAUCCUGUAUCAUGAUCCCGGUUGGCUGGCCCUGGACUGAGGGCCCUGCGAAGCGUCUCUGCUUCCUUCACGCAGUCGCACCCGAACCGCGUCGAGGUGCACGAUGAAGACAUCCGGGUAAUCCUCGAGGAAUGGCAGCCUUCCGUACAGGCACGAUUCAUCUGAGUAUUGGCCUGUGGCAGGUGAAGUAUGCAUGCUCAGUGUCGUCCUGCGCCACUGCUGACACUCUGGUUUCUCAGCCCGUACGUUACUACAUGGCGCGGACGCACCUCUGAGGUUGUAAUGGACCCGAGACGCAGCUGCAUUAUUGUUGAGCGUUGGAUAUACAUGGAGGUGCUGUGCGUGUACACAGUGUAUCGUAUACAAGGCAUAUACGAUGCGACAACCUGCAGGCGAUAUCAGCUAACACAAAUGAGUUCACCUACCUUGUCCCCGAAUCUCACGUAGCGAGGAAGCGUUAUCUGCAG